AUGGAUGAACUAAAAUGGGAUGAUAUACAAAAGGGUGAAUUGGGGAGCCUUGAAAAUGUCCUUCUGUCGAGCUCGACUUCUCGCCGUGUGAGAGUUCUCCAAUUAGUCCGAGAAAAGAACGCUGAAACCUCGAAGCCAACUGUGCAGCAAUCUGCUCUACGUGUAACACGCCGUGCGUUGAGAGCCGUUUUUACGUCGGAGAAUGUGGACGAGGAGAUAAAAAAUGCGCCGUUUAUUGGCGUAAUUUCAGGUGUUUGUGCACGUCUUCCAAAUAAAGAAGCUGUUUUGGCCGGUUUGAAGAAGCCAAUAUUGGCUUUCUAUACAAAGGAGAUCCUGGGGUCGCGAAGUCAGGUGCCACCACAUAUAGCAAAUGGGCUCUCGGAUUUCUUUGCAUCUUUUAUUGCCUACAACGAUCUAGUUUCUGACAUCUUCCCGACAUUGGAAAAGUCAAUUCUGAGGUCGCCCGAGAUCGUACUGAAUGGCCUAAUCCCUCCUCUCUGCUCAGCUCUUCCUGCAGAAAUCGAUCUCUCAGAGCCAGUGACUUCCAAGUUAUCCAAGCCUUUGCUGUCCAGUCUUAAAUCUACAAACCCAAUCAUAAGGCAGGGCGCUACACAAUCCUUCAAAGCUUUGAUAUCCAAGUGCAACUCUGAAGAGUCUCUCCUCAAAGUGACAAACGAAAUUAUAGGGCUAUUGAAGUCUCAAAAGAUUUCAAAUGCUGACCAACGUGCGCUACAUGCCGAUGUAUUGUCGGAAAUUCUUUGCUAUAAGACGUUAUCCCAAGAAGUUGUUACGAAUUUAGUUACAGUGGCUGCCAAGGAGUCAAGUGAAGUUGCACUGCUUUCUGAAAUUAAGGCUCUUUGCAAACACCUGGGCUAUCUCAUUGAUUUCGAAAUACCUGCGAAAAGUGAGACAGUUUCGGUUAUUGCAAAGGCAUUCACUGAUAAACGUGUACCAUUUCGAAGAUUGUGGCAGCUCCAAAUUGCCGACUUGCUCUGGAAUGUCAACCCAGAUAAGCUGAGUAGCUCAUCAAACCAAGGAUUGGUCGAGUCAGUUAUUACAAAAGUCAAAGACUCAUUCGCCGAAACCGUUACAAACCCACUUCCCUCUGCUCAGAGCGGUUUAGUUUCUACUGCCUAUGGCUAUAUCGCUCUAUCUGGUCUGUUGAAGGACUCACAGAUCGUUCCGAAAUCAGCAUGGACAAGUAUCACUCAACAGUCGAUGUCGUUGACGCCAAAACCGUCUUUCUUGCUCAAUCCGAAAGUAUACAGCAAGUUGACAACAGAAGAAGAUUUUCGAUGGAAAACGCGAGCACUUGCUGCAGUCGCCAGCGAUUCUGCUUUGAAUACCUAUGAUCCAGCAAGCAAAGCGGCAUGGGGCCAAGCUUUCAUAUUUACUAUUGCUAAUCCGAGUGUCCCACGAAAACUGAGAGAAGAGGCGUGUCAAGUGCUGGCGGCUGUUCAUCUAGGCGAUGCUUUGUCAGUUGGAAAUGUCAUUGUCGAUUCGUUAUGGUCUUGGAUACUUGCCCUUGCCAUCUUUGACAAGGAGUCUGCUGCAGCUACUACAGGCGGAGGUAGUCAAGAACUACUUCACUUUGUUGUAAAAGCUAUAUGCCCUAGUGCAUCAGCUGCUGGUCCGUUUUCAGACGAGGUUCAAAGAGCACUAGCAGAUCAGUUAAUCAAACUUCUCGUUCUUUGCCGCCAGGAGCUGGUCUCGAAAGUAUCAUGGAUCGAUCUUUGUCUCAAGACAGGCUUAGAUCCUGGAAAGCUUGUCUCUGAUCAUCAGGAAGAAUCCAUUAAACAACUGCUACAGGUAGCGGAGGAUCCUAUACAGUCAAAGAUCCCACUCGCAAGUAAUGCUGUUGGGAGUGCUGCGGCAGACUUAGCCUUUGUCGCACCAAUUGUGAUGAUACCUCGCAUUGUUGAAAUUCUCAGUGAGGAUCUGGCAAGCGACCGCAUAUCUAAAUUUACACCAACUGAUGCCGCUAUCGCACGUACACCAGAAGGUACAACCUUUGUGGAUGUGCUAAACACAAAAUCUACUCAACCGUUGUCGGACAAGAGCAUUAAAGAUUAUGACACUUUGAAAUGGGAAGAGGAGCUCCGUGCACAAAUUGCCCAAAAGAGAGGACAGACUCAGAAGAAGCUGACGGCAGAUGAGCAACUCAAGGUCAAAGGACAGUUAGAGAAAGAAGCCAAAAUUCGCGCAAAUGUGCUUUCUGAAAUCAAAAAGAUCGAGAGGGGCUGUAUAAUUGUCCGUGGACUUGCUACUGGACCGCCGACUGACACUGGGGCAUGGAUGAACACAGCAAUUUCAUCACUUCUUUCUCUAGCACGUCUGAACACUGGCCUUUUCGUGGGUGAUUCAGUUUCAAAGGCCUACAUCGCCUGUGCGGAGAAAGUCUCCCCACGACUUGGCCUGCUGCGGCCGUUUAUCGGUGUUGCGACCCUCCGUGCGUUAGGAAAUACCAACCUAUCCCCCGAGAUAGAAGCCGAACCGUUGGGAGACCUUGUUACGAGAAUUCUGUACAGAUUACGUUUCACGUCUGAGCAAUUACCAUUUGAACCAACAUCGCUCGCCUACCUGUUGCCACUGGCAGGCUUGGUAUUGAGCCGGGAUGGUAUUGAGGAGCAGAAAGGUGAAGGAGGCGGAGAGCAAGUUCUUCUAACAUUGGAAUUCCUAUCAUUUCACUCCUCUUCCUUUUCUGACACCAGACUUCCUCGUGGUGAAGUUCUGCAACAACUUAUCACAUCUCUAAGUAAAUAUUCGCAACAUUACAAGUUGGUCAAAGAUACAUUGUUUGAUCUAUGCAGAUGUAUUUCUCAAAACAUUUCGCACCAAGAACUCGAAACUCUUCUCGAGGGAACGAUUGUGCCAGAUGUUUCAGUUCGGACCGCUGUGCUGCAAGCAAUUGAAGCUGAGAUCGAUUUGACAGAUCUCGAUUUCUCCGAACAUAUUUGGUUAUGCUACCAUGAUCAGGUCGAGGAGAAUGCAGAGCUUGCCGAGGCUAUUUGGGAAGAUAAUGCUCUUGAUGUGGAUGGGGAUUCGUACUUGAAGAUUAUUAGAUAUCUGGGUGCAAAAGACAGUCAACUGCGGGGUGCUGCUGCUCGAGCUCUUGCACAUUGCAUCGAACUAAAUCCUUCAAAGUUUGAUGUGGUAUUGUCUGACUUGCAAUCGAAAUACUCUGAUGAAGUGAAACCCAAAGCACCAGGAAAAGACAAGUACGGGAUGCCACUAAAAGCAGAUACUACCGAUGUUUGGGAACUUAGAAGCGGCAUAGCUCUUGCCUUCAAAGCGAUGACCAAACUGUUUGAGAAACACCAGAUCGUAUCAUUCAUGAAAUUUCUGAUAGAGGGCGGUCCGUUGGUUGAUAAAAGCGCUCUUGUCAGGGAACAAAUGGCAGAUUGUGGUAGAUCUAUUAUUGAGGAGCGCGGACAACAGAAAGUGGAAGAAUUAAUGACGUUGUUUGAGAAGACGCUUGAGACUUCCGACAAGGCCACUGAGAGCUCUGACUGGCUCAAUGAGGCAGUUAUCGUACUAUAUGGUUCAUUGGCAAGACAUCUGAAAGCUGGAGACUCGCGUUUGAGCACAGUCAUCAAGGAACUACUUGCUGCUCUCCCAACACCGUCUGAAAUGGUACAGUCGGCAGUGGCUGGAUGUCUUCCUCCAUUGAUCAGACUGUCUGGCCCUGAAACACAAGGUUACGUCGAGCAGUUGUUGGAUCAGCUUGUGCAGUCUAAGAAAUAUGCAUCACGACGUGGAGCUGCGUAUGGACUUGCUGGUAUCGUUCAUGGUAAAGGUGUUGUGGCUUUAAGACAGUACCACAUCAUGUCAUCCCUCAAGGAUGCUCUUGACAAUAAAAAGGAUCCAAACCAACGCCAAGGGGCUCUUCUGGCUUACGAACUAUUUUCUGCGGUGCUCGGAAGGAUCUUCGAACCCUAUGUUAUCCAGACGGUACCUCAUUUGCUUACAAGCUUUGGCGAUCCCAGUAUCGACGUAAGAGAUGCAUGUCUGGAUGCUGCCAAAACAUGCGUUGCCAAUCUGAGUUCCUACGGUGUGAAACAAAUCCUUCCAACUCUUCUGGAAGGUCUGGACGACCCGCAAUGGCGUAGCAAGAAAGGCGCUUGUGAUUUAUUAGGUGCUAUGGCAUACCUUGAUCCUCAACAAUUAGCCGUCAGUUUGCCGGAUAUUAUUCCUCCCCUUACAGUUGUGUUAAAUGACAGCCACAAAGAGGUUCGCAACGCGGCCAACCGCAGUUUGCAACGCUUCGGUGAGGUGAUCAGCAACCCCGAAGUCAAGAGUCUAGUUGGAAUUCUCCUUAAAGCUCUUAGUGAUCCUACGAAAUACACCGACGAAGCUCUCGACUCGCUCAUCAAAGUCUCAUUCGUCCAUUAUCUCGAUGCUCCUUCACUUGCUCUUGUUGUGCGUAUCUUGGAGCGCGGACUCGGUGAUCGAUCGAACACUAAACGCAAAGCUGCCCAAAUCAUUGGCAGCCUUGCUCAUUUGACCGAGAGAAAAGACCUUAUUUCUCACUUGCCUAUUUUGGUCGCUGGCCUGCGUCUUGCAAUAGUCGACCCUGUGCCUACUACGAGAGCCACGGCUUCUAAGGCUCUUGGGUCAUUGAUCGAGAAAUUGGGAGAAGAUGCUCUUCCGGAUCUUAUUCCAAGUUUGAUGUCCACCCUCAAGUCGGAUACUGGAGCAGGCGACCGAUUAGGAUCUGCACAAGCUCUUUCAGAAGUUCUUGCGGGUCUUGGAACAACGCGUCUCGAAGAAACCCUACCAACUAUACUGCAAAAUGUCUCCAGCUCCAAGCCAUCUGUCAGAGAAGGCUUCAUGUCAUUGUUUAUAUUCUUACCAGCUUGCUUCGGCAACAGCUUUGCUUCAUAUUUGAACAAGAUUAUCCCGCCAAUUUUAGCAGGUUUGGCAGAUGACAUCGAGGCAAUUCGCGAGACCUCUUUGCGAGCUGGUCGUCUGUUGGUUAAAAACUUUUCUUCAAAAGCCAUUGAUCUCCUUUUGCCUGAGCUUGAGCGCGGUUUAGCAGACGAUAGCCACAGAAUCAGACUAAGCUCCGUUGAGCUCGUUGGCGACUUGCUCUUCAAUAUCACUGGUAUUACUAGCAAUGUCGAUGCUGAAGAGCAGGAAGAAGGCGCAACACAGGCUGGCCAGUCUUUGCUUGCAAUUCUUGGCGAGGAGAAACGGAACAAGGUUCUAUCUGCUCUUUUCAUUUGUCGCUGCGAUACGUCUGGUCUGGUGCGAAGCGCGGCAAUUGCCGUAUGGAAAGCUCUUGUCGCUACGCCUAGAACACUCAAGGAAUUGGUACCUACCCUAACACAGUUCCUUAUUCGCCGUCUUGGAUCAUCGAACAUGGAACAGAAAGUUAUUGCAGGAAAUGCUUUGGGAGAUCUCAUCAAGAAGGCUGGCGAAAGUGUUCUGGCCACUUUGUUGCCAUCCCUUGAAGAUGGUCUUAGAACCUCAACCGACGUAGAUGCCAAGCAAGAGGUCCUUGAAGACUAUGAAAAGGUCCUCAUUUCCAUUGUGCGGGUCGCACUAGUUGACAACGAUGAGGAUGUCAGAGAGGCCGCAGCUGAAGCAUUUGAUGCCCUACAACAAAGUUUGGGCAAGAGGGCAGUCGAUCAGGUUCUUCCGUAUCUUCUGUCUCUACUCAGGAACGAUGAAGAUGCCGAACAGGCUCUAUCGGCUCUUCUUACUUUGCUUACCGAAACUACACGGGCGAACAUCAUCCUACCGAACCUGAUACCCACACUACUUACAGCUCCCAUUAGUGUCUUCAACGCCAAAGCACUCGCUUCUCUGGCAGAGGUGGCUAGUUCCGCGAUGACCCGUCGCCUGCCUACAAUACUUAAUGCUCUAAUGGAUGAGAUGAUAUCGACUAAAGAUGAGGAGCUCUUGGCAGAGUUGAGCUCCUCUUUCGAUACCAUCCUCGUUUCCGUUGAUGAAUUUGAUGGUCUUAACACCGCAAUGAGCGUGAUGAUGGGUCUCAUGAAGCAUGAUGACCACCGUCGACGGGCAAAUGCUGCCGAGCGCAUGGCGAAAUUCUUCUCUGAUGCUGAUGUUGAUUAUUCAAGGUAUCACCAGGACCUCAUCCGGGUGUUCCUCAUUUCAUUUGAUGAUAGAGACAAGAAUGUCGUCAAGGCUGCGUGGGCGGCAUUGAGCAAACUGACAUCAAACAUGCGCAAGGAAGAGUUGGAAGUGCUUGUAAUUCCUACGCGUCAAACAUUGCGGCAAGUUGGAGUCCCCGGAGCUGCACUCGCAGGAUUUAGCUUGCCUAAGGGUAUCAUGGCGAUCUUCCCUAUCUUCCUUCAGGGUCUAUUGAACGGUAAUACCGAUCAGCGGACACAAUCUGCGCUCGCCAUUGCCGAUAUUAUUGAUAGAACAGCAGCAGAUUCUCUCAAGCCAUUUGUGACCCAGAUAACAGGUCCGCUGAUCCGUGUUGUGUCAGAGAGAUCUGUCGAUAUCAAGGCGGCAGUUUUCUAUGCUUUGAAUAAAUUAUUAGAGAAGAUACCGCUGGCUGUUAAGCCCUUCCUACCUCAACUCCAGCGGACAUUCGCUAGAGGAUUGGCAGACACGACAAGUGAAACCUUACGAAACCGAGCUGCCAAGGGUUUGGGUAUUUUGAUUACUCUUACACCUCGCGUAGAUCCCCUUGUUGCAGAACUGGUUACCGGCUCCAAAACGGAUGAUGAUGGCGUCAAAAACGCUAUGAUGAAAGCGCUUCACGAGGUUGUGUACAAGGCAGGUGGUAGCAUGAGUGAGGCAUCAAGAAAUGCCGUGCUGGGUCUUAUUGAUGACGAUAGUAGCGAUCGUACAGAUGCAAUGGCCAUAACCAAUGCUAAAUUGCUUGGCGCACUCGUGAAGAAUCUUUCUGCUGCUUCGGCUAUCCCUCUGAUUAAAUCUCGGGUGCUAACCACGAACUUUUCCCAUGCCUCGAUCCUAGGGUUAAAUUCUCUUCUUGUGGAGGCUCCAGAAUUGCUGCUGGAGAAUUUUGCAGCCGAGACGCCAUCAGUCAUUUGUCAAGGCAUAUCGAAUUCAGACCCCUAUAUAUCCGACAAUAGCGUCUUAGCUGCUGGGAAAUACAUUCUUGCUGAAAGUGAUCACAAGAACUUCGAAAGUACAAAACCAGUUUUCGAGACACUUGCAUCAGUGAUACCAGCCGGGCAUCCAGCAGACACCAGACGCCUGGCCCUUGUUGUCAUCCGCACUAUAAGUCGCCUUCAUCCCGUGUACACGAGGCCACACCUGGCACAGCUUGUUCCACCGGUGUUUGGUAGUGUCCGCGAUCUAGUUAUUCCUGUUAAGCUAGCCGCUGAAGCUGCUUUCCUUGCGAUAUUCAAUGUGGUUGAUUCUGAAGGGGCAGUUUUCGACAAGUACAUGGCCGGACCAGGUGCGGAACUACCCGCGGGGCCUAAACGAAGCAUAUCAGACUAUUUCAAGCGAGUGGCAUUACGACUUGCUACGCAAGCCCGUGAGAGACGAGAAGCGGAGGGUGGCCAGGGCGGCCUAGGCCUGUCGAACGAUGAGGUGGAAGAUGAGAAAGAGCUAUGGAGCGUGGGAAGAGUUGACUUGGGAGAAGACAACUUUGGUGUGGAGGUCAACCUCACCACCCAGAAACGCCUUGCGGCGUCCGUGAUCGGCUGCGGUAAGCGCAAGGUCUGGCUCGAUCCCAAUGAGAUGAGCGAAAUCUCCAACGCCAACUCUCGCCAAACGGUCCGCAAGUUGGUCAGCGAUGGCUUGAUCAUCCGCAAGCCCGUCACCAUGCACUCCCGCUCCCGUGCCCGUGAACUCAACGCCGCUCGCCGAAUUGGAAGACACCGUGGUCUGGGUAAGCGAAAGGGUACCAAGGACGCUCGUAUGCCUAGCCAAAUCCUUUGGAUGCGUCGUCAGCGUGUUCUCCGCCGUCUCCUCGUCAAGUACCGUGCCUCUGGCAAGAUCGACAAGCACCUUUACCACGAGCUCUACCACUUGAGCAAGGGUAACACCUUCAAGCACAAGCGUGCUCUGGUUGAACACAUUCACAAGGCCAAGGCUGAGAAGCAACGUGAGCGUGUCCUCAAGGAAGAGAUGGACGCUAAGCGCGCCAAGACCAAGGCUGCUCGUGAGCGACGACAGGAGCGUAUCCUCGCCAAGCGAAAUGCCGGUGAGGAGGAGGAGACCAAGGAGUAA